AUGCCUUCGGAUUCACAAGGUUACAGACGGUGUCCUGCUUUAUGUUUUGCAGGUUUGGUGACGGCGCUGCAGGUGAUCAUAGACAAGGAGAACAUACAGGUGGCCGGGGGGGGUCAGUCUGCGGGACUCUUAUGCACUUUCACCACCAGUGCGGCGCUAACGAACCUCAACAUCAUCUGGACUGUAACACCGCUGUCCAAUGCCAACCAGCCUGAACAGAUCAUCAUCUACCAGGGCGGGCAGGUUUUCACCACCGCAGCGCAGUUCCAGGGCCGAGUCGGGUUUAUGCAGACCAUGCCGAACACCAACGCCUCCAUAUAUAUAAACAACACCCAGCUGUCAGAUACGGGGACCUACCAAUGUAUGGUCAACAACUUCCCCGACCGGGCGCUACGUAACAUUGGCGUGGUGGGAUUUACCGUUUUAGUGCCUCCCUCAGAUCCCAUUUGCAACAUUCAGGGCUCCCUGGACAUUGGAAGUGACAUUACUCUAUCAUGUAGCUCGGAGGAGGGAAUUCCAAGACCCACCUACCUUUGGGAGAAGGUUGAAGGUCCUCUUCUCCCGGCCUCUAUAACACAAGACCAGUUUCAAGGAACCGUCCUCCUGAAGAACAUCAGCACUGCAACCUCAGGAAGAUAUCAGUGUGUCUCAUCCAAUCUUAUGGGAACCAGAACCUGCCUUCUAGACCUGCAAGUCGUGGCACCUCAGCACAAGAGUGUGGGCCUCAUUGCUGGAGCCAUUGCUGGAGGAAUCCUGGUGCUGGUUAUCUGCAUUGUGGUGGUAGCUGUGGGUCUGGUCUACUGGAGGAAUAAACACAAAGAGGAAGAAGAUGAAAUCCCCAAUGAAAUAAGAGAAGAUGACCUUCCUCCCAAGUGCACGCCGUCUACCAAAGUCUUUCACCCAGAUGCCUCUUCCUCUGAGCAUGACACGCUAACGUCAGCCACCAACACCAAUACCUACAACGGUCACUACUGGAGCAACUCCAAGUCCAACUACACCGCUGGCUCAUACGUCACCUACAACUGCAAUGGGUGCCCCGCCACUCCACUUCUCGCUCUGUCACAGGUCACCCCGAGGCCAAUGUACGCAAACGGUGGACAGCCCUCUUCAGGUCCCCCAAAGACAUUGAUAGUCACAGCUAACACAGCCCCUUCUCCUAAGACUGGUGCUAGGAGCAAUGGCACAGUCGGCAGAAAGGCGAAACCUCCUCAAACUAGGUCUUACGCCGUCAGCCAGGCCACAUUGGAGAGAAUAGGUGCCGUCCCGGUAAUGAUUCCGGCACAGAGCAGAGCUGGGUCGCUAGUAUAG